AUGGAUAUUGUAUGCAGUGAUAGUGGAUCUAUGGACGGAAGCGGGACUGGUCACCUAACCACGGAAACGGAACCGGUUAUUUUAAGUGGAGAGGAGAUUUUAUCAGGUUCUGCUACUGACGAGUCGCCUUUGAUAGGUGGACACGCUUUACGCAAAAGGUCAGCAAACAAAAUAAUAGAUCUUGAAUCUGAAGACGUACUUGAUGAAGUGCAACCAGCGGCGGCUAAAAUGUCAACUAGCCACAGAGGUGGUAAAGCUAGUGCCGGCCGGGUGUCAGAGUUAAGUCGGGCCAGGGCGGAACUUCGUGCCGCGGAGGAGGAGGCGCGUGAAGAAGCCGCUAACAGAGAAUGGCAAAAACGCCUCCAAGAGACGGUUCCAUCAGAACUGGCCAACUCAGGGGCAGAUUUGGCUCACAUCGCUGACUCAGCCGAUGACAUAUCUGUCAAUGAUCUGAAAGCCAAAAUGACGACGGUAACAGAAAUGACUAAAAAUAUGAGGGGAAAAAACAGUAAGGACCUGAAAGAAGAAAUUACUGCUUUAAACAAUAUUGUAAAUGUCCUUGCCUCCCGGUCGGAGGCGGAAGAAAUGCGCCGCCUAAGAGCGGAUAACAACCGACUGCGGCGGGAAGUUGAAAAUAUGAAGACCGAGAUGAAGGCCUACCGGCGUGACUAUGCUGAAAUGAGAGCUUCUCUCUCGGCGGACACGAAGACUAAUUCUCAAAGUAAAGCCCUCUUAAUAGACAGCGAUGGAAUAGAGGAAUUCAGGAAGUCGAUUAUAUCCUCCGUAGGAAAUAUAAUAAACGCGCGGUUUGCAGGAAUUGAGGACCGUCUUCUUCCACCUAAGCCAUGCCGGCCCCCGUUGGCUGCAGACAAGAAACUAAGUUUACAAACUCAGAGCCUAAAGACGAACUCUAAUACCACUGCCAGUUCAGUGGUGAGUAGAACUGAAGCGCCUACUCGGUGGCAACCGACUGCUACUGCUAGUUCACUAACCGCAGGGACGAGUGAAACUAGUCGUCACCAAGCGCAGAGCAACCAAAAAGGCCCGGCAGAUAAAGACGGGUUUAUUCCAGUCCGCAAUAAAAAGAAAAAGAAGCCAAAAAAGACACCUGCAGCUAGUGUGGUGCCAGAGACGAGGAAAACGGCCGAUAAAAACAAGGCCAAGCCCAAACCCAAGCUGAAGGCCCCUACAACUUCGGCAGUUGUCAUUUCAUUACAACCGGAAGCGGCUGAAAGAGGGGUGAGUUACUUUGAUGUAAUGAGUAAGGCCGUGGCAGGAGUUAACCUCGGGGACAUGGGCAUUCCUUCCCUUAAGUUCCGACAAACUGCCUCAGGAGCGAGGAUGGUUGAACUUCCAAAGGAGCUUGAAGCCGCCAAGGCCGACGAAUUAGCGGAAAAGCUGCGUCCAGUGCUAGAGGGGGUUGCAGCUGUCACUCGGCCCACCAAGUGCGCCACUGUGCGUAUAAUGGAUCUGGACGAUUCUGCUACAACCGAAAGUGUAAUAGCGGCUGUAGCCAGGAUUGGGGGCUGCGCUGUCAAUCUAGUUAAGGCGGGUGGGGUCCAACGCGGUCCUGGGGGAAUGGGUGCCAUAGUGGUAAGAUGUCCCGUAGCUGCGGCUAAAAUAUUGGUAGAAAAAGGACGCGUUCUAGUGGGCUGGAGUUCUGCGCGCGUAGUCGCAUUGGAGCAGCUCCCAAUGAGAUGUUAUCGCUGUAUGGGUGUCGGACAUACGAAGCCAUUGUGUCCGUCUGAGGUGAGUAGGGAGCAUCUCUGUUACCGGUGUGGUGAAGAAGGGCACCGAGCAGCAGCUUGCUCAGUACGGGUGCCUAAGUGUGUUGUGUGCACAGAGACAAAUAGGCCCCACGCUCAUGUGAUGGGUAGCCCACGAUGUAAACCUACACCUGUAACGGGAAAGCUGGCCUCACGGACCGGGACUGCCUCCAGUGCUGGCCCCCCUAAGGAACGAGAGAAUGCCGAGAUUAACAAUAUGCAAGAGUAA